AUGUCGCUGCUCAGUGUUAACGCCACCUCUUCUGCCGCUCAGCACAAAGAGGUCAGAUUCUCGAACGAGACGAGAGCUUCGAUGCUCAAGGGUGUCAACUUGCUCGCCAACGCCGUCAGCGUCACCCUCGGUCCCAAGGGCCGUAACGUCAUCAUCGAGCAGGCCUUCGGUGGUCCCAAGAUCACAAAGGAUGGUGUCACGGUUGCCAAGGCCAUCUCCCUAGAGGACAAGUUCGAGAACUUGGGUGCUCGUCUCGUGCUGGACGUCGCAGAAAAGACAAACGAGCUUGCGGGAGAUGGAACGACGACUGCCACUGUGCUUGCUCGUGCCAUCUAUGCUGAAGGUGUCAAGAAUGUUGCUGCCGGAUGCAACCCCAUGGACCUCAGAAGAGGCACGCAGGCCGCCGUGGAGGCCGUCAUUGCUCACCUUGAAGCGAACAAGCGCGCUGUGACCACUAGCGAGGAGAUCGCGCAGGUCGCUACCAUCUCGGCGAACGGAGACCGCCACGUCGGGCAACUCUUGGCCACUGCGAUGGAGAAGGUGGGCAAGGAGGGCGUCAUCACUGUCCGCGAAGGAAAGACUCUGGAGGAUGAAAUCGAAAUCACAGAGGGUAUGCGCUUCGACCGAGGCUACAUCAGCCCUUACUUCAUCACCGACGUCAAGACGCAAAAGACCGAAUUUGACAGGCCGCUCGUCUUGCUUUCGGAGAAGAAGAUUAGCCUUCUCCAAGACAUUCUUCCUUCGCUCGAAGCUGCCGCGCAAGCGAGAAGGCCACUCUUGAUCAUCGCAGAGGACAUUGAUGGCGAGGCUCUUGCCGCAUGCAUUCUCAACAAGCUCCGUGGCCAGCUGCAAGUCUGCGCUGUCAAGGCGCCAGGAUUCGGUGACAACAGAAAGAGCAUUCUGGGCGACCUUAGCAUCCUCACAGGUGGUCAAGUCUUCUCUGACGAACUGGAGACGAAGCUGGACAGGUCCAGCAUCGAUAUGCUCGGCAGCACUGGUAGUGUGACCGUAACCAAGGAAGACACCAUCUUCUUGAAUGGUGAGGGCAACAAGCAGCAGAUCGAGGCUCGCUGCGAGCAGAUCCGAUCGGCCAUCAAUGACCCUUCUACUGGAGAGUAUGACCGAACCAAGUUGCAAGAGAGACUUGCCAAGCUGAGCGGAGGUGUGGCCGUAAUCAAGGUUGGAGGAAGCUCAGAGGUCGAGGUGGGAGAGAAGAAGGAUCGGUACGACGACGCGCUCAACGCUACUCGUGCGGCUGUCGAAGAGGGCAUCGUUCCGGGCGGAGGCAUCGCACUUUUGAAAGCAACGGCAGCUCUCGAAGCACUCAAGCCGGCCAACUUUGACCAGCAAUUGGGCGUAUCCAUCAUCCGAGCAGCUCUCACGCGUCCCACUCGACAGAUCGUGGAGAAUGCGGGCGAAGAAGGAUCGGUGGUCGUUGGACGUCUGUUGGAGAGCCCUGGAGACUUUUCGUACGGAUACGAUGCCAGCGUGGGAGAGUACAAGGAUAUGAUCGCUGCUGGCAUCUUGGAUCCUCUCAAGGUGGUCCGAACGGCUUUGCAGGAUGCUGCUGGUGUGUCUAGUCUGCUCUUCACCUCCGAAUGCGCCAUCGUCGAGGCGCCACAGAAGGAAAGUGCAGCCGGUGGCGGUAUGCCUGGAAUGGGAGGCAUGGGCGGUAUGGGAGGAAUGGGCGGUAUGAUGUAGAUGGGCUGUAUGCGGUUGCUAUGCAGAAAGCCUCCCACACUGCGCUUUUCCACCCUCGAAGCCUAGAUGCUCUGCUCUAGCAUCCUCUUUCGCAUUGCAGUCUUGUACGAUUUGAAGUUUUGGAAUCGACGCUGCAGAUCUGCCUUCCACCACUCACUCACGAAACAAAAAAGGCCAAAAUUCUUGAGCUAUAAAUACGAUCUUGUCACCCAUGCGAAGCACCCGUCGCUGUCAGACCAUGCGAGUUGUGUGCCGCGUGAGCAGACGAACGACCAAAGGCAGUCAACAUCGACUCAUCGACGCAUACUAGUCACAAGGGCUCAAAGGGUAUGAUUGAGACAAGGGUUCGUGGAUGCUACAGUAGGUAUGGGUGACGCAUUGUGGAGAAGGGGUAGACGAAAUUGCGACGUGUAGCAAACAC